UGUGUACCUGGGAGCUUGGAGGAUCCGAAAACUAUGACACAUCAUAAGUUGAUACACGCUACUUCUGAGAAGGUGCUGACAGACACAAAAACAGUGUUGGAGGAAAACAUUCAGGACAGAGAUGUCUUACUUUUGAUAAAGAAGCGUGCGCCACCUCCGCUCCCCAAAAUGACAGAUGUGUCAGCAGAGGAGAAAAGGAAACAAGAGCAGAAGGCUCCCGAUAAGGAUGCUAUUCUCAAAGCAACUGCAAAUCUGCCCUCUCGCAAUGUAGAUCGCACCGUGGCCCAUCACAACAUGAGGGAUUUCCAGACAGAGCUCCGGAAGAUUUUAGUGUCUCUCAUAGAAGUUGCACAGAAAUUGUUAGCGCUGAACCCGGAUGCGGUUGAACUCUUUAAGAAGGCGAAUGCCAUGCUGGAUGAGGAUGAGGAAGACCGAGUGGAUGAGAUAGCUCUGCGACAGCUCACAGAAAUGGGGUUUCCAGAGAGCAGAGCUGUCAAAGCCCUCCGAUUAAAUCACAUGUCGGUGACCCAGGCCAUGGAGUGGUUGAUAGAACACGCAGAUGACCCUGCAGUGGAUGCUCCCCUCCCAGGUCAGACUCCAUCAGAAGCCACAGCUGAAGCUGGUGCGUCCUCCGCUGAAGCGACUGCGGGUCCUAGUUCAGAAUCGGGUGGGGAAGAGGCCAAGGAUGAGCUGACAGAAAUAUUCAAGAAGAUCCGGAGGAAAAGAGAGUUUCGUCCAGACCCACGAGCUGUCAUUGCCCUGAUGGAGAUGGGAUUUGAUGAAAAAGAAGUGGUAGAUGCACUCAGAGUAAACAACAACCAGCAAAACGCGGCCUGCGAAUGGCUGCUGGGAGACAGAAAGCCUUCUCCAGAGGACUUAGAUAAGGGCAUUGACACCAAUAGCCCUCUCUUCCAAGCCAUCUUAGAAAACCCAGUGGUACAAUUAGGGCUAACCAACCCUAAAACUCUACUAGCCUUCGAGGAUAUGCUUGAAAACCCCUUGAACAGCACCCAGUGGAUGAACGAUCCCGAAACCGGGCCCGUCAUGCUCCAGAUCUCGCGCAUCUUC